AUGUCUUCUUCUUCCGAUACUGGAGUAUCAGACACGCUGGAUCCUAUGGCGAUUGUAUCGGACGACGAGAUUCUAUCUGAGAGCGAGGUCUAUACGUCGGAUACUACGAGCACUGAUGAGGACGACUUCCAGCCAUUUGCCCUGCCGGACAAUGUGCCUUUAGCUGAUGGUCCUUUCGACGGGGAUCUACCUCUCGUUCCGAUCCCCGCUCCUAUCCCCCUCGCUGCGUUUCCCUUAGAGGAUUUACCUCUCGAUGCGUUAUCAGAUGACGAUAUCGACCUUGUCAUAGAGGGUCCCCCGGAGGGUGACCAGGAUGGUGGGGCCCCUAUGAAGGACGAUAUUCCGGUUGACGACCCUGUAGUUCCUAUUGUUGAGGCUCCUGUGGAGGAGGCUCCUUCUGAUUUGUCUGGUCCAGACUCGUUUGAGUCUUUGGCAUCCGCUUCUUUUCAUGGCCGGGGCGUGCAGCACUAUUCUCCCGACGCAGUCUCAGACAUGGCGAUGUCUGCUGCACCUGUUGUCCCCCAAGACUUCGGCCCGGAGCCUGAGGUCGAGUUUGUACCAGCUGAGCCUGCUCCAGUUGGUCCAGAGCCUGUCAUUUCUCACGACCCUAUUGAUGUUCCAGCCUUUGCUCUUUUGUCUGAUCCUCUACCAGAGCCUGACCGCGUCGAUCCACCAGUCGUGGCACCACCCGUUGUCGAUGCACCCGUUAUUGCACCACCUGUUGUCGACCAUGCAACUUUUAACACACAUAUUGAUCCUAGAUAUGCUGACACCCUUAAUGGGUGGAUCGAGGAUGAUGAUGAUGAUUAUCCCCCGUUUGUUCUACCAGUCACUCCACCCGCUGCACCUGCUUUUGCACCGCUUGAUAUUCCCUAG